UGAAGCUCCAAAUCUUACAGUGUUUGUAGACAGUUCCCUCUAGCGCUGCACCUCAAAUUGGCUACUACUACAUACUUUUCCAUGAACCCGGAAAUGCGGAAAGCAGCAUGAUUGAGAAGGUCGUGUAGCCGGCUAGGUUUCACAUGGUAUAAUUAAAAAAAGACAAGGUUAAAAAGUACACAACACUUAAAUCAGGAAAAUUGGUGAUCCUUGAGCCAUCUUUGCUCCUUAAGGACUAAGCCUUUCCUGGUUGCCUAGCCAUCUCUAGAAUGAAAAAACUUCCUCUUCUGACUCUGAUCUCCUGGAUUUGCUUUCUUUUUUAUGCUGGAAUUGGUAUUUUUCUUAGUGGUUUCCUCUUAGUUAAAGUUGAAGUCAAUCGCACCAGUUCCUGCAGAGAUCCUCUGUUUUCUGAAAAUUGGUCAUUAAAUAUUUAUUCUAAGAAUGUUUCACAAAAUCAACUUGUAGAUUUUUGCUGGAGCAAGCCACGGUUCAGUAGAGCAGUUAUCCUCAUCAUUGAUGCUCUGAAAUAUGAUUUUGCUCAAUUUGAUUCAAAGGUUAAGGAUCCACAGCAUUUUCAGAAUAAGAUCAAGGUGUUCUCAGAAUAUAUACGGUCUUCGCCUGCCAACAGUCGGUUGUAUGCUUUUAGGGCUGAUCCUCCCACCACUACUAUGCAGCGAAUCAAAGGUUUUUCAACGGGCUCAUUACCAACUUUUGUAGAUAUAGGCAAUAAUUUUGCUUCCAGUGCCAUCUUGGAGGACAACCUUAUAAGCCAAAUGCAGAAAAAUGGCAAACGUGUUGUGUUUAUGGGUGAUGACACCUGGGAUAGCCUGUUUCCCAAACAUUUUCAACAGUCUUUUCCAUUUCCGUCUUUCAAUGUGAAAGAUCUCCAUACAGUGGAUAAUGGUAUUCUCAAACAUCUUUAUCCAAGCAUGAAACGUAAAGACUGGGAUAUAAUUAUUGCCCAUUUUCUGGGUGUAGACCACUGUGGACACCGCUACGGUCCUGAUCACCCUGCAAUGGCAGAAAAACUAACUCAGAUGGACCAAGUUAUCAGAUCGGUGGCCAGACUUAUUGAGAAUGACACUCUGCUUGUAGUCUUUGGGGAUCAUGGAAUGACUGAUACAGGCGAUCAUGGUGGUGAAAGCCAAAAGGAAACUGAUGCUGCUCUUUUCCUGUACACACCAAGCAUGUUAGUUUCAACAGAGCAGGGGCUGGCUGAGCCCAUGGUGGUGCCACAGAUUGACCUAACACCAACGUUGGCACUUCUGCUUGGUAUUCCAAUUCCUUAUAGUAGCAUUGGAAAGGUGAUGGUUCAACUCAUCCCAUCAGGAGACCUCUUCGAUCAUAAUGCACAGGAGCUUCAACAGGCUGAAGCUCUCUUCGUUAAUGCUAAGCAGGUAAACCGCUUCCUGGAAACAUAUUCAUUGGUUGCAAAACAUCUUCCACAAGAAACACUGGACCACCUUCAAGACAUGUAUUUAAAAGCUACCAAGAAUUACAUAAUGUUACGUGAUGCAUUUGCUACCCACAGUCCUUUGAAUUCCCAGGAACUGAAAAAACUUAUUUCUGACUUCCAUGUUUAUCUUGUCAGUGUGCAAGAGAUGUGCAAGGUUUCUUGGGCCCAGUUUCACAGUCUGCAGAUAAUAGUUGGCAUAAUUGUACUGGUAGGGUCCUGUGUAGUAUGUUUUAUUGUUUCUGAAUUUGCAAGUAUUGUUGAAUCUUCAUACAAGGAGCUACUUUUCUUAGCAGUUUUCACUGGUGCUUUUGCAAGUGGAACAGUUGCAAUUUUUCAGUUUUUUUGGUUAGAGUUUGAGGCAUUUUCUGUACUCGGCACAUUUACUGUUGUGGCACAAGUUGCUUUUCUGUGGAAAUUCAAUCAUCUAAAAAACUCAAAUAGAUAUUUUUUAAAUCGCGCAGUUAACAUCAUAAACACUGCUUUGAAGGGUGAGCUGCAAAUGACUAGCCCUCUUAUUGUGUUUAUGGUGUUUCUUUUACGAUGUGCCUCACUCUUCUCAGACAGUUAUAUAGUUGCAGAGGAGCAAGUGGUUUCUUUUCUGCUGUCCAGCCUUGGCUUAUUCAUUCUUGUGCAUCUUACCUGGUAUGGUAACCUUUUACAUUCAUUUAUUGAUGGAUUUAAGACUACUAACCCAGGUAUGUCUUCUCAACAAAUGGCUUUUGUGAAGGAUAAGAAAACAAUGCAUGUUCUAGUGGCCUGUGUAGCACUUUUAAUGUUUUCUCUCUGUUUAUCUCAUGUUUUCCAUGGCUGCAGAGAUGAACAGGUGAUAUGCACUCCUUCACUUUUCCUAGCACCCCUGUGUACCUUGCAGGAUGUGCAGCUGAGAAAUAUUCACUAUGUUUUGUCUGUGUGCUCUUUAUUGACCUCUUACUAUUUGGUUCGCCGGUGGUUAUGCUAUUAUGGCAAUUUUAAUAGCCACAGCCUUGCUGUUUUUGUGGCUCGCUUUGAGCUACCUUUGUUGGUUGUUUGCAUCUGUUUGUUUUGGGCUGUGAGCUCAACUCCUGAGGAAAGCUUUGUAAAUUGGCAACAAUUUAUUAGACUGGCCUCAUCUGUUUUCCCAAGGGUGGCUUUUGUUCUCUUUUGUCUGGGCAUAGCUGCAGUGUUCUGGAACCCUUUGACUGUCUUUGUAAAGCCUAAAGUAUUAUCAGAAGAAGGCCCAAUCACCCAGUCCUACAGAGCCAGUGGAUGUGUCAGCCCACAAGCUGAAUUGCAACACCUCAUUCCUCAUAUCUACCAGUGCAUGCGACGCUCCUAUCAAGUACCAAAGGAAGAGGGAGAAUCACUCAAGGAUGAAUACUACCAACCAACAGUGGAAGCCUUUGGCUUGGGAACAGUUUACUCUGCUCCUAUGCUUUUGAUUCUGGUACUCUUUCAACUGCUUCUGGCUUUGCUGCACCCCGAGGGUCUGGCUUUAUCCUUCUUACUGAUGCUUCUAGAGGCCUUUGCCAUUCUACAAAUACACUCUAAAACAUCAUCCUUAUACCGCUGUCGUCUCUACUCAGACAAAUUUUCAGUUCCCUGGUGUGUUGUUCUGAUGUGGGCAUUAGCUUCUACUCAGUUUUUCUAUGCUACUGGUCAUCUGCCAACCUUUCCAUCAAUUCAGUGGAAUGCUGCAUUUAUUGGCUUCAGUGAAGGCCACUCUAAUCAAGUAUUGCCAGCCCUGCUAGUCCUGCUGAAUACCUUCUCUAGUUGUAUCCUUUUAGCAGUAAGCUGCCCUUUACUAUUGUUCUGGCCUUUAAUCUGUGAGCCUUCAAAUACAGCAAAAAGUGGUUCAAAGCUGGGAGAGUUAAAGUCGGAUAAUAUUCCUGUGAUGGAGAUGAAGCUAAGGGACAAUCCAGAAUAUUUUUCCCGUGCGCUACUGCAGUUGAUGGCACGCUACCUUUUCAUCCAUGGGGCACAGCUUUUGGCAUCUGUCUGUGCAGCAGCCAUCCUGAAGAGACAUUUAAUGGUUUGGAAGGUCUUUGCUCCCAAACUUUUAUUUGAAGCAUCAGGGUUUUUGGUGACCAGCCUCUUUGUCAUCAUCAGUUUAAUUCUGAUAAUGAGAGUUGAUGUCUGCUUGACCAGGUGGGUUAAACAGCUAAUUCCAGUGGAUUCUAGGUAACCCACAGUCUCCGAUCAUCAAGUUGGACUCUUAUUAUGCCCUUGAGUAACAGUGACUGCAGAAUGGGAGAUAUGGAAUUGUAGAACCAAAAUUCAGACCAUUUAAAACACCUUUUAAAACCAAAAGAACGUCAACAUCAAACCCUUCUCUUGAACAUAUGCAAUGGAGGGAGUCUAGGUAAUGGCAAGUAAUUUGGCUCCAUUGAAAAGAAUACACAAAGGAUUUAUUAAUCUAAUUUGUUGUUAUGAUUUAGAAAGCCAUAUAUAAAUCACUGGGAUUCAUGUAUAUGCAGUUGUGUAAAAAAGUUUUAGCUUCUCUUAAUUGGUAGAAAAUGUUAUAGCACAGCCUCUUUAGGGAGUUAACUAACAUGGCAUAUUUUUAAACAUUUUAAUGCACAUUCACUAUAUAUUGAAAACAUUAAGUUCUCAGUGUGGAUUUCAAGUAAUAACCAAGUCUAUGUACAUUGAAGGCCAUCAUAAGACAUUCAUUUUCAGGUCCUACUGUUUCACUUAAUGUGCAUUUUGAAUUAUUUUCUUAUUAAUACCAUCACAAGACAUUAAUUUUCAGGUCCUAUAAAUACUCUACUAUGGUUUACUUAAUGUGCAUUUUGAAUUAUUUUCUUAUUAAUAUUAAACCUAUUUUUGGUGCCAAUUUUCUGACUGACUCCUGAACAUUACCUUCUAGGAUCUAUUGGUAUUUGAUUGAAUCCAUUCUUUCUUCCACUGCCUCACAACUUCUUAUCAUAAUUGACCCAUCUCCAGGCUUACUUCCUGUCAGAAUGUUCCCCCCCUUGAAUGUUUCUUUUGCUUUACACCAACUGUGCCAGAGUUCUAAGUUGGGUUCCUGGCCUGAGCACUCUUUGUGUGGUAUUUGUAUGCUUUUUGUAUGGCUACAUAUUUCAUCCCUUAUAGUUAUUCUGAAAGAUACCAAAGAUAUACAUAGAGAUUAAUUGAUGAUAUUAAAUUGACCAUAUAUGACUAAAAUGAGGCUCUGCAGCAGACUGGUGCUGAAUCAAACAUUUGUGCCCAGUGUUCCCAACAUACACUUUUAACCUAUACAACUCUAAACAGAGUUUAUGAAGGUUUGAGUGAGAUGGAUAUGUAUAUCUUUUGUGGUUAUGGUUUUAACUUUUCAGCCCUUUCUUUGGAAACAGUUGUAUUGCUUGACUUUUGCAAUGAAAUUGUAGUUACAGUAUAAUAUAUAAAUUCUUCCAUGGAAGCCAAUUUCUUUUGUAACAAACCUGUAACAAGGACCUGUGAACUAAUAACAGGUGUUAGUUAAACCAUCUGCAGGUCCUUAGCAGUAUUAUGCACAUUCUGUUUUGUAUAUUGGACCUAUUUACACAAGCUUCUAUCUGACAGGUUUCUAGGUAAUUCAAAUUUUGCCUUUGACCACAGCUUAAAAUGUGUUUGAUUAUUUACACAUAUACAGUUGUUCAUGGUUUUAUUUAUUUAUAUGUCUAGUAAAUUAAGCGAAUAAAAAGCAAAUGUACAUUAAAAUAUGCAGAAAUUUGUUUAGGCUUGUUUCCUGUCAGAGUUAUUUUAUAUUAUUUUUUUCUUAGAGAUUCAGCGAAAUAUGCAGCUUGACCAGUUAUGCCCAAACCUAUGAGUACAACUGUUAACAAUUGUGUUCACUCUUUGAAGGCUAACUUUAUUCUUAGCUGCUGCACUCUGUCUUUAAAAAUGUAUAAAAUACUAUGUUUUAUAUGGAAUUAUUUUGUUUGUGUGCAUUUAUGUAAUUAAAAAAAAGUAAAUUCUACUUCAAUUGCACUGAAGCUCU